GUCGGCCCUUGAUCUGGAUGGACGGGCAGGGCAGAUAGUUCGAAAGCCCAUCCCUGGGGAACGAGAUUGCUGACUUCCGCAGAUGCUCACAGACAACAGCAGAAACAGACAGGGCGAUCAGAGCCAGGAUUAAAUGGGUCUGUGUCUGCGAUCCUGCUAUCAUAUGUCCCUCAAUCCUCGCAAGUUCCUUACCGGCCACAAUGGGGAAUAGUACUUAUGCCACGGUGCCACCAGUCAGUCAGCUGAUUGUCACUGUAGUUAUUCUGAUCUGUGGAGUCUGCCAAACGUUGUCCCUUGGAUUUACUUUACCUCAAACUUCACGGGUAUGUGAUGAUCUCACGAUAGAUGUGUGUAAAAAACUGAAUCUCUAUAACCAAACUGUUUUACCGAAUUUCUUCGAGCAUACAAAUCAAUCAGAAGCUGAAAGAGCGAUCUACACUUAUAAAGAACCUCUAAAUAUGGGAUGUUCUGUGGAGUUGUUACCAUUCCUCUGCGCAUUGCACGCGCCCCCUUGCCAGGGGUCAAUCAAUCUACCGUGUAGAGAAUGGUGUGUCCAGAUACAGGAGCAGUGUGGGAAGACAAUGGAAGAUGAGGGACGUGAAUGGCCAGAGGCACUCCAGUGUCACUUAUUACCACCAGCUUCUCAUCACCAGUGCCUACUACUUACAGACUUGCAACUACAGAAUAGCGGUAACAGGGGGUUGGAAGCUAGACACAAAUCACAGAACAAGCCAGUGUUCAUGCUAUCACCGGGCGCCAUAACAGAGUAUGAUUUCGCUAAGGAUGACGUCACGUCCCCGGCCACGUCAUUCCUCAGACGGCGUUAUGACGUCAUCGACUUGGGGGAUCCCAUGUAUUUCCAGGGCUGGGCUGACGUUCAGGGUCAGGGGGCUGCCAAUGAUUACUGCCGUGUGAUUGGGAAGAAAAAGAGAAGAUUUCUGUCUUGCGCAUUGGCGGGCAGCUCGGGGCAAGGUCACACAUUCGUGUCACAGAGAGGGGUUGACCUGGGUCAUCAAAGCACGUGGUUUAUGCGAGACAUCGACGGGGACGGACGAGACGAUUACUGCAGAUGUGUCGGAGAGAAGCCUCAGACGAGAAUAAGUUGUCUAAAGGCCGGUCAGCUGGGGUUUUAUGGAAGUCCGCUGCAAUCUGGAGAUCAGUAUACCUUUGAUAUUCCCGCAUCAGGCAAUUGCCACGACAGGCCGCUGAACCCUUACCACGGGGUGUAGAUGAGGUUCUCAUCUCAGGUGUAGAUCAGGAGAAGGAAAAGUUCUCACCUUGGAGUUGGGUGAUGGGAAGGAAAGGUUCUAACCACGCGGUUCAGAGAAGUGGAAGAAAGGGUUUUCACCACGGGGUGUAGAAUACAGAAAGAUGGUGUUCUUACCAUGAGGGUAUAGGUCAGGGGAAAGAAAGAUUGUCACUAGGGGUGGGGAGAUCAGGGGAAAGAAAGAUUAUCAUCAGGGGGGUAGACCAGGGGAAAGAAAGCUUGUCACUAUGGGUGGGCAGAUAAGGGGAAAGAAAGCUUGUUUUAGUGGCAUUUAGAAGUUGGCACGCAAGUACACUAGACAAGACAUUGCUUACGACUUGCUAGUCCUUCAAACCGACUAGGAACCCCACCAAGCCUAACUAGUACACUCCCCCUUACCACACCCUAAAGCGCCUAAGCCCGUUGAAUUUACCCCUUAAUCGUCUGAGCACUACUUCCCUAUAUGCUCUAUUGUGUUCUUACCUGUUGACACCUGUAGCUUUACUUGCUAUAUUUAAGCACUUUAUGUUAUGAUGUCAUUCACUUGAUAACGAUGCUAGUAUCUGCAUCGAAACGUCGUGACAAUAAAACCUAGAAGUUGUAAAUCCAUAAGCAAUGCCUUGUCUAGUGUAAGAAAUCUUGUCACCAGGGGGACAGAUCGUGAGGAAAAUGCCUGUCACCAAUGGGGUGGAUCAGGGGGAGAAAAGCUUGUUACUAGGGGUGGACAGUUCAGGGGAAAGAAAGCUUGUCACCAGGGGGGUAGAUCAGCGAAAAAAAUCUUGUCACCAGGGGUGGGAAUAUCAGGGGAAAGAAAGCUUGUCACCAGGGGGUAGAUCAGCGAAAAAAAGCUUGUCACCAGGGGUGGGAAUAUCAGGGGAAAGAAAGCUUGUCAUCAGGGGGGUAGAUCAGGGAAAAAAACUUGUCAUCACGGGU